CCCAACAUGUACUAGCAAGGCAUACAGUGUGGAGUUACGGAAGAAAUGGGCUUUAUAUCGUAAAUAUUAAUUGUGCGAAACUGUUUUCGCAGCGGAAUUGUCCUAACGCUACCAAGGAAGCUACAGUAGAGGUUAAAUUACUGUAACAUAUCUUAUUUUCUGCCACCGCGGGAUGUUUGCAAAUACCAGUCCUUGUGUAACUUACGCACCGAGGGGUUUGACGAGGUCGUUGAGUAACGAUUACGUUUUUUGCUUCAAAUGUCUCAGAAGGACGACUCUGAAAAUGACAUUUGGGAGUAUAAACCUCUCGAGAAGAAAAAGAAGAAACACGACUCAUCGUCUGCAACUGUAACUGCAAGUAAAAGAAGAUGCACUGUCAGAAAAACCUCCAAAAGAGACACCUCCGUCCAAGUCAAGUCGCCAGGAAAGAGAGUCAAGACAGCUGAAAAUGGACAUUGUAGUACUACUGUUGACGGACAUGGCAGUUUAGAGCCACAUAAUCUGCCCUCAGAGUCAUUUACAACAGGUGACACAGACAAUGCAGCUGAGGGACCAUCCUCUGGAGACUUUUGCCCUGUGUGUCAGAUGCCCUUUUCCCUUUUGGUGGUGCAGACUCAAAGAUGGCAUGUUGCUGAAUGUAUUGACAUCCCCAGAGAUACAUGCAAAGAGUGCCCAGACGGCCUCCAGUGCCUCUCCACCAUUCCAAACCAUUACAAAAAAUUCAACCACACCCUCCUGGCUCAUAGCCGAGCAAAUGGUGACACGGACCUCCUUAGUCUGGCCCAGCAGGCAGAGACCAAGGGGAAGACCAGCCUCAGCAGUCUUUCAGGAGUGAUAAACAAUGAUGGCUCUAUUUUAGAGUCUUCACAGGACAGUGCUCUCAGUCUCUCUGCCUCAUCCAAUCAUAGUGACUCCCCUCACAGUAUUCACACUGGAACACCUCCAUCUAAACUUGCCAAUGGACUUCUGUUACUGCGUUCACCUGGCCCAGACGAUUUUAAGAAAAAGAAAGGCUGGUCAUCGACUACUAAAAGUCAAAAGUCUAUCAGUGCUUCCCAAGAAAGUAGAACAGAGCUUUCAUCCACUCCUAUCAAGGCAGAGAGUGGAAGACAAGCUUGUGAAGGUUUGCCCAUAAGUGAGCCCUCCCAUGUCAGCGAUGAUGCAAUAUCUUAUUCUCCGCUGUCUGAGUUCCCGGCAGAGACCGAAGUCAACAGUAGUGAAUGUAGAAAAUCCCUUUUUAAUAAUGAUGCAUUUGAAAAUGAGGAUGAAAACUCAAUGGAGCUGUUCAGUGACGGUUUCUCAAGUGAAGAUGAGAUCCUCACUCAAUUUAUAGAUAAUUUGGAAACCAAUAAUGUGCAAGGACAGGAGCCUGUUUCUUUCAACACCCAGCUGGAGUCACAUACCUCACCCACUAAUCAGCCAGCCCAAUUUGCAGUUGCUGAAAACCGGGCUGAUUCCACAGGUGGAGCGGAAUCUCAAGACACAUCUACCUGUGUUGUCAGUCCAUGUAAAAGCAGCUUUCAGUCUCCACAAAGUAUCGUUUUAGAGCGCCUGAGAAAGACUAUUCAAAGCUCAGACAGCCAGCAUUUGAAAAACUUGAAUGACAGCAGUAUUCAAGUGCCUGCAUCACAAACCUCUGUCGUCCAAAGAUCUCAGACUAUGCCGCCACAGAAGGCCAAGACAGGUCAGGCAUCCUGUCUGAAGCAGACUGACAUUGGAGUGUUUUUUGGCCUCAAACCCCUCAAGGAGAAAGUGGCUGAGAGUGGACCAAGUGAAGUCAACACCACCUCUGUUCCAACACUUGGUGAAAACUCAGGACAGAGACGACAAAGAGGAGAGAGGCAGAGACGGCAAAGAGGAGACAGGCAAAGAAAACGUCAGGCCGACACAACUGCAGAUACCUCACAGGAGGGAACAGUGACUGUAGAUAAUGUGGUGGACGCUCAGGGAGAAGCAGGGAGAGGUAGGACCAGAGGAUGGAGGGGAAAAAGGUGGAACAGAGUGAACGCUGAUGGAGAAGUAGAGUUACCACAUUGUCCCUUCUAUAAGAAGAUUCCAGGCACAAAGUUUGCCAUAGAUGCUUUUCGGUAUGGUGAGAUCCAGGGCAUCACUGCAUACUUCCUCACACAUUUCCACUCGGACCACUACGGAGGGCUGACCAAGAACUCCACGUUUCCAAUUUACUGUAACAAAAUUACAGGGAACCUGGUGAAGAGCAAACUGAAGGUGUCAGAGCAAUAUGUCCACAUCCUCCCCAUGAACACCCAGGUCACCGUGGAGGGAGUCAAGGUCAUCCUCCUGGAUGCCAACCAUUGUCCAGGAGCUGCUAUGCUGCUGUUCUUCCUGCCCGAUGGACAGACAGUCCUUCACACUGGAGACUUCAGAGCUGAUCCCUCGAUGGAGACGUACCCAGAGUUACUCAGCUGCAGGGUGCAGACACUCUACUUGGACACUACCUACUGCAGCCCUGAGUACACCUUCCCCAGACAGCAAGAAGUCAUUAGCUUUGCAUCCAGCACAGCCUUUGAACUGGUGACGCUCAGUCCCCGAACACUUGUGGUGUGUGGAUCAUACUCUGUGGGAAAAGAGAAGGUCUUUCUAGCUCUGGCAGAGAUCCUGGGGUCCAAAGUGUGCCUCUCUAGAGACAAAUACAACACCAUGUGCUGUCUGGAGUCAGAGCAAGUCAGACAACGUAUAACCACUGACUACAAGGCAGCCCAGGUCCAUGUGCUACCCAUGAUGCAGCUCACCUUCAAAAAACUGCAGGAUUACCUGGCACGUUUCUCAGGACGGUACGAUCAGCUGGUCGCCUUCAAGCCCACAGGAUGGACCUUCAGCCAGCAGGUGGAAUCAGUGGAGGACAUUCAGCCUCAGAUCAGUGGCAACAUCUCUAUCUACGGAAUCCCAUACAGCGAACACAGCAGCUUUCUGGAGUUGAAACGUUUCGUGCAGUGGCUCCAGCCCCUUAAGAUCAUCCCUACGGUGAACGUUGGCAGCUGGGCGAGCAGGAAGGCCAUGGAGAAAUGCUUCAGUGAGUGGAUGAUGGAAACGAAAGCUAAACGGUAGCUUAUUUACAGGUAAACUGUGUUCACAGCUGGACUCCGAAUCACCUCUGCUGCUGCUCGUUGGUAAUAAAAGCAAAACCAAUUAAUUCUCAAUACUGUAUGGCCAUGGGGAACAAAUAUUUCAAAACUGCAAAUUACUUUUAUUGUAGCUGCUUGCCUCAGACUGAACUCAUUACACUACACUAGUAAUUCAGCACACAAUGUUUGUGAUGAAGCAGGUGAAAUGCAAUCACAUCCUUUAAAAAAAGGUUAAGUGUUAUUCUUGAACCAAAUGAACCGCUUCAAUCCACAACAGGCUGAAUUACAAUAGCCGACACUCUGAAAGCCGUUUUUGUGUAAACAUGAUCCGAGGUCGUUCAUGCAUCGUGUCUACAGUUUGACCCAGUGUCAUACAAUGGAACUGAAUUAACCGCUUUGAAAUUGUGCAAUUUUAUUUUUAUCCGUAAACAUUUUUAUGCACGUAAAAAUAAAUGUUUUAACAUUCUUUUAAAA